CCUCUCUGGCUUCUGCUGCUCCGUGGCGGCGGCUGUACUCCGAAGUGGUCGGCUGCGGGCUUAGAGGCCUAGCCGCCGGAGGCAUUUCCGCGGCGGUUUUGCUUGGUUUGGGUCGGGAGUCGCUGCUAGGGGGAUAGGCAUUCUGCCGCGACUGCAUUGCUCCCGUUUGGGCGGUGGUUGCAGAUUUUCUGGUGGAUUUGGUGCGUGCGCGCCGUUCCUCCGGAACCGGAAGCCUGCCGCCGCUGCUAGGAAAUUCUGGGUGCAAACUGAGUCCACACGCUGCACCCGCGGGUUCGUCUGUUUGUUGUUGGAUUCUGGUAGUUUGGUGUGCUUGGUUGAUGACAUGUCGAUUGGCUAUUUGGCUGCACAUUUUCCAUUUUCCUUUCAGGUCCGUCCAUCUCCCCCAGAUCAGAGGCUAGAAAUGCUGCUGCUGCUGCUGCUGUUCUCUACUGCUAGUACAAGUUACUCUGCUUGUCAUUAACUCGACUUUUGACAGCCCCAUGUUGAUAAGAGGCGAAUAGAUCACUAGAUCCAAUCUUCAAGUUCGUUGGGCGUGCUUCCCGAGUCACAUUUCGUGGCACGGUGGCAGCGUUAACAAUUGAUGAUUUCUGUAAUGGCUCCGAAUACUAAACUGCAGGUGAAAACAGUAAAAGUUAGCAAUCUUUCAUUAAACGCUUUGAAAAGAGAGAUCACAGAGUUCUUUAGUUUCUCAGGGGAUAUAGAAUAUGUUGAAAUGCAAAGUGAAUCUGAAUGGUCACAGCUUGCUUAUGUCACAUUUAAAGACUCACAGGGAGCAGACACUGCUGUUCUUCUGUCGGGGGCAACCAUUGUUGAUCGUGCUGUCAUUAUAACUCCUGCUGAGAACUAUCAGCUGCCUCCUGAAGCACACAAACAAUUAUCGGGAGCAAAUCCCUCUACUGAAUCAGCAGUCAGGAAGGCAGAAGAUGUUGUCAGCAGCAUGUUGGCCAAGGGCUUUGUCCUCAGCAAAGACGCUCUCAACUUGGCAAGAUCCUUUGACGAGCGACACAACAUCCUAUCCAAUGCUACUGCCACUGUCGCAUCUCUGGACCGCCAGUAUGGCCUGAGUGAAAAGAUCAAUCUUGGAAGGGCCAUUGUUGGCAGCAAGGUCAAGGAGGUGGAUGAACGCUAUCAGGUCUCAGAACUCACAAAGUCUGCCUUGGCUGCUGCUGAGCAGAAAGCCAGCUUUGCGGGCUCUGCUAUAUUGAGUAACCAAUAUGUCUCGGCUGGUGCCUCGUGGUUAACUAGUGCAUUCGGUAUGGUAACGAAGGCAGCAGGUGACAUGACCUCGAUGGCUAAAGAUAAGGUAGAGAGGGCUGAGGAGGAGAGGAAAGCCAUCAUGUGGGAGGAGAGGAAUGGGUUGGUCAGCGACUAUGCAAAGAUCCAUCUUGACGAACCCUCUUCAUGGGAGCCCGCAGUUCUGCCUUUGGAAUCAGUGGAUGAGCAGAAGCUCCAAGCUGUCUGAUACACACAAACCGAAUGUCUCACACGUAAUUCUUUUGCAGCUCGUCCUAUAUAUAGAUUAUUCUUUUUCGUUGAUGCACCGGGUCAAAACAUACAGUCCCAUGCCAUGUCUUCAGAUCCGAUGCACUGGGUUAAAACAAAUGCGCUUAUCAGCCAUAGUGUCGUGUAAAUUUCUGAAAGUGCUCUUGUGUUAUUACCAGGUUUUCUUUCUUUCUCCCUUUUUGGAGAGAGUGGUGCUACCAGCAUUGCUACACUAGACUACUCUGUGUGAAUGGAGUACUACUGUACUUGUCUAUUACUACUACAGAAACAGAAUACAACUUCCUUCGUCAGAUACAGAUUGAUCUAAUGCUGAGUUGAACCAUUUGUGCCAAA